GCACGCGUCUGAUCUGGGGCGUCGUACCCGCUAAUUGUAAAAUUAAAUUACCACAAAAAAAUUGUACCGAUCGAAAACCUCAAUCCUGUACAUAUAUUCUUCUUAGUAACUAAACUUUAACAUUAAUUCUCUUUUUGGAAACCAAAGGGAAUGUGGCUUCGCAUUAGGACAGCCGUAUAACCGGAAGUCGUUGAUAUUCUGCCUCAAACUUAAAAUAAUUAUAGACAAUUUUUUUAGGAGCUAAGAAUGGAAUGGAAAUUCUUUGCUAAGCUUUAUUACGUAUGGAAAUAUAUUGAAUGCAAAGAUUUGUAGAGUUUAUUCGCGAGCACACAAUAUCUCUUCUCUACAAAUGUAGAGAAGUAUAAAUAUAAAUACACAAAUACUCUCGAGUUUUAUGUCUCUUUUUUCCACGUAGGUACUGGUAGUAGAAUACAAAUUUUCUCGGCAUCACCAGUAAGAGACAUUCAUCGCUUCUCUAGGUUUGUAAUGUAAUCGAUGGAAUACCAAUAUUCUAUUUGAAAUAUUGAUUUUUCUGAAUUUAGACGCUGCUGCAAUUGUUCUCAGGUUAUUUUAAGAAGAGAUAAGAUUUUUUGCUAACUAACAUAAAGACGACCGUCAUGUCAGCAACGAAAAUCUGCAAAAUCAUAUAUUUAAUUACACGGCUGGAUGAUGUCUGGUGAAGGUACUAAAGAGUCGAAUACGUUUCAUUAUAACUACACAAGUUCAUCAGUUGCGGACAGCGAGUCAAACGGUAAAGUCGCAAAGUGAUCGAGCGGCCGACGACCGCCGAAAGUUGCCGGCAACAGAGAACGGUACGCGCGCCGAUUGGUGCAUAUUGGCGGGGAAAACGCCCGCAUCGAUGAAACAUAUUCGCGAGUCGCAAAAUUUUCAGAAGCGAGUUGGCGAACGUGUGUCCCCCACCACAGAAUGACAGUGACCCAAAUGGUGCGCCGGCGCAGUCAGUUCCGUGAGCGCGCGCCGCGUACACGUCCCGUGCUGUUACCAACCAGUGUCAGUCCAACCGCUGUCGUUUUGUGAUUUACGAUCGGAUAUUACUGUGUACAAAUGCAGUGAGUGAACCGGUUGACACUUCGUAUGUAUGGCGUCGCCAUUUGACGUAUGUGGAUGAUCAUUCUUCAGAGGUGUGAUAAUGGCCGCGGCACUCCUGCCGUCGCCAGUGUGAAUUGUUAAGACUCUCGUUCAGUGAACUUCCUAGCACAGCCGCCUCUAGCGCCACCCAACCACAAUGAAAAUGGUGUUGUCACAACGGCAACGAGAGGAGCUGAAUAAAGCUAUCGCCGACUAUCUGGGCAGCAAUGGCUACACGGACGCGCUGGAAGCGUUCAAGAAGGAGGCCGACAUGACGGGCGAGAUGGACCGCAAGUUCGGCGGGCUCCUCGAGAAGAAAUGGACCUCGGUCAUCAGGCUACAGAAGAAGGUGAUGGAGCUAGAAUCCAAAUUGUCGGAGGCACAGAAAGAAUUCAUCGAAGGGGCUCCGACUCGCGCUAAAAGGACACCUGCGGAAUGGAUACCGCGUCCACCAGAGAAGUUCUGUUUGACCGGACACCGAGCAACUAUUACCAAGGUAAUAUUUCAUCCAGUGUUCAGUUUGAUGGUGUCCUCAAGUGAAGACGCCACCAUCAAAGUAUGGGAGUUUGAGAGCGGCGAGUACGAACGAACCCUGAAAGGGCACACCGACUCCGUUCAGGACAUCGCAUUCGACCACCACGGGAAACUACUGGUGUCAUGCAGCGCAGACAUGUCCAUCAAACUGUGGGACUUCAACCAGACGUUUGAGUGCGUGAAGACGAUGCACGGGCACGACCACAACGUGUCAUCGGUUGCGUUCUCGCCCAGCGGCGACAUUGUCUACUCGGCCAGCCGCGACAAGACGAUUAAAGCAUGGGAAGUGGCGACUGGAUACUGCAUCAAGACGUACAAGGGUCACCGCGAGUGGGUGCGUAUGGUGCGCGUGUCACCGGACGGGGCGCUGCUCGCCUCCUGCUCCAACGACCAGACCGUGCGCGUGUGGAACGCCGACACCAACGAGUGCAAGAUGGAGUUGCGUGAACACGAGCACGUGGUAGAAUGCGUGGCGUGGGCACCAGAAGCGGCCGCAGCGGCUAUCAACGAGGCCGCGGGUGGGGAUAACCGCCGCGCCGCGCACGCGGGGCCCUUCCUGGCCAGCGGCUCGCGCGACAAGUCCGUCAAGAUCUGGGACGUGAGCACGGGGCAGUGCCUUGCGACUCUGGUGGGGCACGACAACUGGGUCCGCGGCGCCGCGUGGCACCCGGGCGGGCGCUACCUGCUGACCGCGUCCGACGACAAGACCCUACGCGUAUGGGACGUGGCGCACACGCGCUGCCUCAAGACGCUUUACGCGCACCAGCACUUCGCCACCAGUCUCGAUUUCCACAGGAGCUUGCCAUACGUGAUAUCGGGCAGCGUUGAUCAAACCGUCAAAGUCUGGGAGUGUCGCUAAGAGCGUUGCCAUUUUAGUAACUUAAACUCACCGAUGAUAUCUUAAUCAUUAUUUUUUCACACGUUAGCUGCAAUGAGUUGCGAACGUAAUGUUUAAAUCAUUUUUAUCGGAGACAGGAAUGUAGUUAUUUAUUAAUGAUAUUUCCUCCUGCUCAUUGUAAUCUUCUUGUAUACUUGGCGAUGCUAUGUUUCACAAUACACCAACAACUCCGGAUAAUAUUACUGCACUACAUCACAUAUACCUGAUACUACAUUAUAGAAUGUCACAUUCCAUUAAAAUAUAAUGGUUCAUAUUAUAAUAGCUGUAUAAUAUUAUCUGAUUGUAUUAAUGAGUUCUCAGGAUAAAUUUUGGAUGGUGGAGUGAGGAUAUAGCAUCUGUCAUGUAACCGAUUGGAAGUUUGAAGUGAGGCAAAAAGCUGUGUUAUAAUUUAAUGUCCUUCUGUUUUAUUUUAUAGUUAUUGUUUAUUCAUAGGCGCGUUUAGAUGUAAUUUUUAUUUAAUAUAAAUAGUAAAUGUUUUUCAUAAUGUCCAAUCUAGGCAUAUUUGUACCGUGA